AUGUGCGGAACAAACACUGAUCUGCAAAAUAAAGGUGGUGGGCGUGUCAACCAGCUUGGAGGGACGUUUCUGAACGGCAGACCUCUCCCAGAAUCAAUGAGGAGGAAAAUGAUUGAACUGGCCUCGGAGGGAGUCCGUCCAAGUCAAAUAUCCAGGAUACUUCGGGUAUCCAAUGGGUGCGUGAGUAAGAUCCUGAGCCGGUACCGCCGCACAGGACUCCUAGAGCCCAAGACCAUUGGAGGGAGCCGACCUCGACUUCUCACCCCUGGUGUCAUCUCCACUAUAAUCCAGUGCAAAAGGGAAAACCCAAAUAUUUUCGCUUGGGAAAUUCGGAAACGGCUGGCAGCAGCCCGACUGUGCAAAGUCUCAAAAGUUCCCAGUGUGUCAUCUAUAAAUCGGAUUUUAAGAAAGAUCCAUUUGGACCACGGACCGAUGUGCAUGGAGAUCAGUGCGCACAUCAGAACUGAACAGGAUUUUGCUUCUAUGAUGCAUGAAGAAGUGAAUCAGAAAGAGAUGUCUGAGACAGUGUGCAGCAAUGACCAGAAACCUAAAGGUGCUCAGCACCGAAACCGCACCACCUUCACCCCAGAGCAGAGCAGAGCACUUGAGCAAGAGUUUUCUCACAGCCAGUAUGCAGACAUGUACAUGAGAGAGAAACUGUCCACCAAAAUAAAACUUCCUGAGGACACUAUUAAGGUCUGGUUUUCAAACAGACGGGCUAAAUGGAGGAGGGAAACCAAACAAAGGAGUAGCACACAGAACCUUCAAAAGCAAAGAGAUUUUGUUCCUGUGAAUACAACAGUGCCACACAGCUUCACACCUCAGCAGGCAACAGGAGCAUCAAGAGUCUACUGUCAAAACUCAGAUGCCUUCUCUUCAUACAACACAGUUGCCAGGAAAUUGCAAAAUGGCUUCAUUUUCCCAACGGAAACAGGUAUCCGAAGUCUGACAUCCAUCUCAAUGCCACCCUCAUUCCUCCAUCAGUCAAAUAACAUGAUGACCCAGAAAGUAGACAAGACUCCGCUGGCUCUCCACACAGACAGAUUCACUCUCCCAUUGGUUCACCAUCCCACAGACACAAUAACAUCCCUCCCUUUGACAACUGAGACAAUGAGAACAGAGUGCCCUGUGACUCAGUGCUGGAACCAGCAGGGAAUUCCUUUUUCUUGGAGCCAGUUUCAAACAGAUGAGAGGUUUCUGUUUGCCCAGCAGCCCUGGGAUGUGAAUCCACACUAGUACCUGGACUAAAUGUGAGACCACAUUUCUGACAUUAAAGAGUAUGUUUGGUGUUCAGGGAUCAUAAUGCGGGUUCCUUUGAUCACUAAAACUUUUUUUUUUUGGGUGCUGUUCAGUCUGGGCUUCAGGGACACAUUCUGGCCAGCAGAGGGCGACAAAGGACUGAGGUUGCAACCUUCCUCACACUACUCAUUAUGGUUAUCAUUAUUAUUUUUUAAAUGCACUGCAGCUUCACUUAUCACCUUUCUGUCUGAAUCUGUACUCUUGAAAUGCCAUUAACAAGGUAAAAGGAUCUAUAGAAGUUAAUGUCCUAAGUUUUAUUCUAAAGUUCUUGUCGUUUUCUUUGAUUGGUUACAUCAGCAAACCCAAUGCAUGUUAAAUCAAUCCACA